AUGUUGUGGUAUAUGUUUUUUUUACCAGCAAUAUUAACAAUAUUUUCUACUGCAAAUGCUCUUGAUGAGAGUCGCAUAGUCGAUGCAGAAAAAUCCUUGGUUUGGGGUCCCGGCUUGAAGCCGGAUGAAGUUGUCCUACCAGCACGUUACUUCUUCAUACAUGCUGUGGAUAAAAACGGCCGCAACUUUGAGAAGUCACCUCCGCAAGAUUUCCAAGUGCAAGUUAAGGGCAAUUCACCACAUGGCAAAUGUCGUUCAAAUGUAAAUCUUAUCGAUCGCGGUGAUGGCUCUGCUAUUGUGCGUUACACUAUUGCCGAUUGGUGUGACCAAGUGGAGUUGGAAGUGCGUUAUAAUGGUUCGCAUGUAGCACACUCACCAUAUGUUAUUUACAACAAAGUUUACUCUGAACGUUGUUAUUGUCCGCAAGAUUUAAAUCUUUGGAUGUUGCACAAUAGCUGUCCGUCGCCUUUGGAUGACAAACAAAUCGCCUGGGAUUUGCAUUCAUUUAAACGUGUAAACUUUAGCGCCAUACGUGAGAAUCUGUUGCGUCGCUACAAUACACCAGAGAGUGUUUCAUUAUGCCAUUAUGUAGUGAAGCAACAACAAAUAUGGCGUCAAUGUUACGGCAAAUAUACUGGCUUCAAAAUGUUCAUGGACGCUACACUAUUGGCAUUGGGGCGUGUCGUUUUACUGCCGGAUAUGGAAUUCUAUUUGAAUUUGGGCGAUUGGCCACUAUCGAAAAAGGGUGGUCAACAACGUACAUCUGGACCAUAUCCAAUAUUUUCUUGGUGCGGUAGUGAUGAUUCUUAUGAUAUAGUGCUACCCACAUACGAUAUAACCGAAUCGACAAUAGAGAAUAUGGGACGUGUCACCUUGGAUAUGUUGUCUGUGCAGAAAAGCGAAUAUCCUUGGGAUAUAAAAGAGCCCAAAGCCUUCUGGCGUGGCAGAGAUUCACGGCGUGAGCGAUUGGAAUUAAUCGAGUUGGCACGUAAAUAUCCAGAAUGGAUAAAUGCAUCACUAACGAAUUUCUUCUUCUUUCGCAACGAAGAAGAUAAAUAUGGACCAAAAGUGCCGCAUAUAUCAUUUUUGGAGUUCUUUAGGUACAAAUAUCAGUUAAAUGUCGAUGGUGUUGUAGCCGCAUAUCGCUUUCCAUAUUUGCUUGCCGGUGGUUCUUUGGUUUUUAAGCAGGAUUCUGGUUUUUAUGAACAUUUUUAUAGCAAAUUAACGCCUUUUAAACACUAUGUGCCAUUCAAACGUGAUUUAAGCGAUUUAAUUGAACGUUUGGAGUGGGCAAAAGAAAAUGAAGAUCGUGCACGUGAAAUUGUGGCUGAGGCACGAAAAUUUGUAGAAGCGAAUCUAAUGCCACAAAAUAUUUAUUGCUAUCAUAUGGCUUUGUUUAAGGAAUGGAGCACGCGCCUAGUCUCACCUAUAACAGUGCUGCCUGGUAUGGAGAAGGUCGAACAGGUCUACACUUGUUCUUGCAAAGAGCUGCCUUAUCGUAGAGAUGAGCUGUAGAUGAUCUUGAAGGAGAUACCUUCUAUCUUAUAUUUCCUAAUAUAUGUAUUUCUU